AUUAGUAUAAUAAUUAUUAUUUAUUAAAUUAGUUUAGAUUUUUUAAAAAUGCCAGGGUACGAUGUGAGCCGUUUUCCAAAUUUGUCUGAAAAGGAGAAGUCUGAAUACACGUGCAGUAUAUGUCGGGACAUAUUUUGCUGUCCAAUGACUACCCCGUGUUGUCUGCAGACAUUUUGUGAGGACUGUAUUACCGGUUGGUUGCAAAACAACAACACCUGUCCCUAUGAUAGGGAAAGGUUGACAUUGGAUAAGUUAAGUCGAGCACCACGGGUCCUGGUAAAUAUGAUAGGUAAUUUGAAUAUUCAGUGCGAUUUUUGGGAUAUUGGGUGCCGGGAUGUGGUAAAACUAGAGGAUCUUAUUCAACACAACGCCAUCUGUGAGCACAAUGAGGCAAACCGUCCCAAAACGUGUGACGUAUGCUAUUCUGACAAAACACGUGAUCACGACUGCGUCGAAGCUCUACUCGAGGCUAAGUGUAUAGCCAAUGAUGAGAUCGAUUUAUUAAAGCGAAAUGUCAAACAACUAAAAAUUGAGAACGAUAAUUUUUUGAUAACUAUCCAGAACAUGUCUAGUGGCGGUAGUGAGAGUAAUUUCGGUACGGAACUCCGCAAAUUGCAAGUGCAUACCUGUUAUAUCAGAUAUCAGGUAACAAGCCAGUUCGACGACUAACACCCGACAUUGGCAGCAUGGCUAAACUGUUAUUAAUUGUUGAUCAAAAUACUCAAAAUAAAUUAAAUGAUUAUAUUUUGAAAAAUAUCUGGAUGGCUAUGUGGAAUAUAACUGAUGAAUCGUUAACAAAUUGCACACAGUUUAUGGAUAAUAAGGGUAUGAUUAGGUUUACAGCGUGUAUGGAUACAUUUACUGAUGACAAAGGUAAGAAUUAAAUAUACACUG